AUGAAGAAUUGUUUUAUCUGCUACGUAUUAUUGUGCUGUGCCGUGUUAACUUUUGUGACCAGUUUAGGCGUAGACAUUCUGGUGAAUCAAUUAACAAAGUUGGGUCCUUACGGGAACUACACGCUGGGAGAUUCAGUGGAUUUUAGUAAAAUUCUCGGACUAGAUUACGGUGAUCGGAACCCGAUACUUCGCGAUGGGUACGAUUUCAUAGUGGUGGGAGCAGGACCAGCAGGGUGUGUCGUCGCGAAUCGAUUGACGGAGAAUCCGAAUGUCAACGUGCUGUUGCUGGAGUUGGGUAGAGCUGAGAUCCCAAUUGCACAGGAUAUACCUGCGGCGUUUUUAUACCAACCGUCGACGGAUUACAACUUUGGUUACUUGACGGAACCCCAGAGGGAAGCAUGCUUAGGGUUGAUAGAGAAGCGAUGUGCGUGGCACCAUGGACGGGGCUUGGGUGGAUCAACGAUCAUAAACAACAUGAUUUAUACGAGGGGGAAUUUUCGGGACUACGACAUGUGGAAUGCUUCGGGGAAUCCUGGCUGGAGCUAUGCCGAUGUGCUGCCGUACUUCUUAAAGUCGGAAAAUGCCAAUCUUAAAGAGUUUCAGAGCAAUGGAUUCCAUCGAAAGGGUGGAUAUUUGUCGGUAGAAGACGCAGAUUUCCUAACCUCAAUCGCUCCAGCAUUCGUAGCAAGUGCCAAACAAGCUGGCUUUAAAUACAUCGAUUACAAUUCCAAAGACCAACUGGGUGUUUCAUACUUUCAGCAUAACACAAAGAAUUCAGUGCGCGUGACUUCUGCCAGAGCCUUUUUGAAACCAAUUGCAGAACGUAAAAACCUGCACAUAUUGACUAGAGCAUGGGUUACAAAGGUUUUGUUUGAUGAGAGUACUAAAACUGCGAUCGGAGUGGAAUACAUCAGAAACAAGCAAAGAUUCACAGCCAGGGCGACACGGGAAGUGAUACUCUCAGCGGGAGCAUUCGGUAGUGCAAAGUUGCUCAUGUUGUCCGGAGUAGGUCCCAAGUUGGACCUGGAGAAUCUCGACAUAAAGGUGAUUCAUGAAUUACCCGUUGGAGAGACACUCUAUGAACACCCUGGUGUGAUUGGUCCGGUGUUCAUUGUGAGAAAUCCAAAAGACAACAUUGUUAAUAUCCACGACUUUGAUUCAAUUCCGGCACUUUUGAAAUAUUUUCUGCUGAAAGAUGGACCGUUAUCAUCUCCUUUGACCGAAGCUGUGGCCUACGUAAAAUCACCGUAUUCACCGAAAGAAGAUCCGGAAUGGCCCGACGUUGAGAUCAUUCAAAUUGGCAUACAACUGGGAGCUGAUGCUUCACCAGGAGCGCAAAACUACUUCCGAGUCAAUGAUAGUAUUCUGAGUUCAUACUUCAAACCACUCUUCAACACAAGAGCAUUUAUGUUUCUACCUCUAUUGAUGCACAGUAGGACGAAGGGAUCCCUGAAGCUUAAAUCGUCAAACCCCUACAACCACCCACUCUUCAAGUACCAGUACUUUGAAGACGACCGUGACGCCAAAGCCCUAGCCUAUGGAAUACAGGUCGCGAUCAAUAUAACCCGCCAGAAACCCUUCGUUGACAUGGGAGUAGAGCUGUACGCCGUCAAACUGCCAGGCUGUGAGUCGUUUCAGUUCGACACAUUCGAGUACUGGGAGUGCCACGUGAGAGUUCUUACGCUCAACUUUUACCACUAUGUUGGCACGUGCAAAAUGGGCCCCCGAACGGACGCCUCGGCCGUGGUUGGUGCUCGCCUGAGGGUUCAUGGUAUGCAGAAAAUUCUAGUGGUAGAUAUUGGCAUCAUUCCCGAGGCGCCGACGUCACACACGGCUGCCGUGGCGUACAUGAUCGGCGAGAAAGGGGCUGACAUGAUCAAGCAGGACAACGGGCUGAGUUGAUUUGUUUGGGAGAGUUGGGCACUCUUCUUAGAACCAUAACUGAACAUAAAAAUUAGGCCUCUUUUAUGCGCUUUUAAGUGUUUUAACAAUCACAUCACCUCACUUAUACCGAUACUGCUGGCUUAGUUCAACGUAAUCAUUAAAACAAAGUUUCGAUUGA